AUGGCUCACAUCAGGAAAAAGGCCGGGAAAGGUGGCAUGUCGUUUGGCAAGAGAGUGAAAUGGACGGUCUCGAUGGCAUCGAUGGCUUUUGUGGGAGGCCAUGAUUGGGUACCGGAAUUCUGUCCCCAGCCGGUGGAAUCCAUGGAUCUUCCUCUGACAGUAAUGUGUGUAGUAGAUGACACUGAAAGGUGGCAAAUUCGAGAGGGUCCUGCAUGUCCUGGUUCCGAGCGUUUGAUGGGCCUUAGCCCGAGCUGCCCUUGGGUCUGUGUCGAAGGCGGUCACAAAGAAGACGGACUAGCAGCGUUGAGAUGCGUUAACAAUCAACUUUAUGAGGAAGAGAGAAUGGAGAGAAGCGUGUGGCGAUUGCAGAUUCCAGAAAAGUUACUAGGUAGGCAGAUGAGUUUCGGGGGAAGACCGUUUGGGAAAGCGACAUGCAAUUACUUUGUAGAAAGGGGAAAGAAGUGGGGAGGAGGAAAGGGAGGGGAUAGUAGCAAGAGAGCCACGGCCAGCCCUAAGACCAAACAGACUGGAGAGGACGGUGUUGGGAUGGGUCACUCAAAUCCCAUCAUGGUCCAUGGCUCAUUGCUAUGCGGUAUCAAGGAUCGGUUCACCUCAUAG